AUGGCGUUUGAACUCAAGGAAAGCGAAGCUAGGCAAAGAAGUGCACGCGCAGUACAAGGAAACUUCUUCCAUUUUGCUGAUACCAUCUCUAAAGCUUUGGGAAUACCAAAGUGGCGCCUUUUCAUGAUUCGCACAGAGAAAGCCAAUCGUUCCGGGUGCAUGAAAGUCAAGUUUGCAAUAAUCGGCAAUGCGAAUCAAGUCAGCCAACCUGCCACAAAAUUUGACGAUCUCAAGCAAAAAAAUCCAGAAGCGUUCAAACCCUUUACUCCAACCGAGGACUGUGAUCCCUCGACAAGUGGAGCACUCGGUUAUCACUCAAGCGUCUUACUGUCGAUCAUUAUUGUGAUGGUCGCUGCUUUCAUGGGAUGAUUACGAUUGACGCCAGUAAUACUCGGAUCAUUAACCUCAAAUACUCGUUGAAGCUUAGAUCUCGGUGACAGCUUUUCACGGUAGAGAGCUUAGUAGUUCAAUUACAUAUUAUUUUUUGAAAGCUAAUUUCUACAUGU